CUCAGCCAGUAGCUUCAGUUGAGCAGCACGCAUCUUCCCUUCUUCUUCUUCGACCAUCCUUGUUUGGUCUUCUAGCUCGCUAGGACGCUAGCCAUGGCCGCGUGUGGUGGUGGUGGUACUAAUGCCGGCGCGGUUGCUGGAGCGGCGGGCGCGGGGUCGCCGUGCGGGGCUUGCAAGUUCCUCCGGCGGCGAUGCGUGCAGGAGUGUGUCUUUGCGCCAUACUUCAGCACCGACCAGGGCGCGGCGCGGUUCGCCGCCAUCCACAAGGUCUUCGGCGCCAGCAACGCUGCCAAGCUGCUCGCCCACCUUCCCGCCGCCGACCGCUGUGAGGCCGUCGUCACCAUCACCUAUGAGGCCCAGUCACGGCUCCGCGACCCUGUCUACGGCUGCGUCGCACAGAUCUUCGCGCUCCAGCAGCAGGUGGCGAUCCUGCAGGCGCAGCUGAUGCAGGCCAAGGCGCAGCUGGCGUGCGGCGUCCAGAGCACCACCUCGCCAAUGAGCCACCACCAGCAGUGGCCGGACAGCAGCAGCAUCGCCGCCAUGCUCCGGCAGCAGGACGCUAACAGCGUCGGCUUCGGCGGCGGUGCCGCGCUUCUGCCGGAGCUCAUGGGCGGAGACGUCUCCAUGUCGAUGAUGCAGCAACAUUGCGGCGUCAAGACGGAUGCCGGGGAGCUCCAGUACCUAGCCCAGGCCAUGAUGCAAAGCUCCAACUACUCCCAGUAGAAGAAGGAUCAAAUCCAUUUCGCGCCCACGGGUCUCGUCAGAAUGCUGAUGGACGGAAUCGUGCGGCGCCAGGUCGAGAUAGAACGGAAUGGAUGAGGGCAAUUGAUUAACCUGUACUGAACUUUUUAUCAGUGUUAAUUCUGAUCCUACAUGUUACGUAUAAUUAUAUAUUAGUGAGGAAGUCUGGGUUGAUGAUCAGUUGAUUAGAGCUUAUGUGUAAGCAGUUUAUUGCAAGUCUUGAUAAUGAUAUCGCUGGCCAA